GAAAACUGAAGAUCCAGAAGGGGGGGAUCAGGAUCCGGAAACCUGAAGCCCUCACCCCCCCCCCCCGGCCGGGGAUGGCCCCUGAUGUAGCCCCCGGAGAGGCAGGGGACCAGGCUCUCUCCUAGGUAGAUAUUCCAGCCCCCAGUGCCUGGCACAUCCCUUCACCUCCCACUCCAGAGCCACCAUGGAGCUGAACGGGAAGAAGAAACUUCAUGCUCUUUCCUUGGCAGAGAAGAUCCAGGUGCUGGAGAUGCUGGAUGAAUCCAAGAUGUCCCAGUCAGAGGUGGCUCGUCGCUUCCAAGUCUCCCAGCCCCAGAUCUCCCGCAUCUGCAAAAACAAGGAGAAGCUGCUGGCUGACUGGUGCAGCGGGACGGCCAACCGGGAGCGGAAGCGCAAGCGGGAGUCCAAAUACAGCAGCAUCGACGAGGCCUUGUUGUGCUGGUUCCACAUCGCCCGCACCAAGAUGUGGGACGUCACGGGGCCCAUGCUGCUUCAGAAAGCCAAGGAGCUCGCGGACAUCAUGGGCCAGGAGUUUGUGCCUAGCAUCGGCUGGCUGGUGCGGUGGAAGCGUCGUAACAACGUCUGCUUUGGCCAGCGGCACCCGGCACGAGCGGUCCAUGCCCCGGAGCCCCCGUGCGACAAGGGCCCAGCGCCGGCUUCCCUCAGCUUGCCCCAGCUGCUGAAGGAUUUUGCCCCGGAGAACAUUUUUGGCUGUGGGGAGGUGGUGCUGCUGUAUAAGGCCAUGCCGGGCAGGGAGCGGGAGGGAAAGGAGCGGCUGUGCGUGGCGCUGUGCGUGAACGGGAGCGGCACAGAGAAGCGGAAGCCCGUGGUGGUCGGCAGGCGGUUGGCUCCGCGAUGUUUCUUUGGGGUCAACACGGAAGCUUUGCCAGUCCUUUACCGCAGCAGCGCUGAUGGUCAGCUGACACCGGAGCUCUUCUCAGAGUGGCUGACGGACUUUGACCGGGAGAUGGGCCAGCAGCACCGCAGUGUGGCGCUGGUGCUGGAUGCUGAGCGGCGCUUCCCUGAUCCGGAGCCUGCCAACAUCCGCCUGGUCUUCCUGCCCCCGCAGCCUCACCAUGACGAUGGCCCCUCACCUUGCCCUCUCCAUCCCGACAUCGUCCGGGAUUUCAAGUCCCGCUACAAGCGCAGGCUUCUGGGCAAAGUGUCCUCCAUCAGCAGCGAGACCGACAGCUCCCCUGCUUCCAUCGCUGCCUCCAUCACUGUGCUGGACGCCCUCCACAUGGUGGCGGCCGCUUGGGACAAAGUCCAGCCCUCCCUGGUGGAACGGUGCUUUGGGGAGGCCGGCUGCUCCAAGGGGAAGGGGUCCCUGGGGCCCCCCAGCCUUGCCCCCCCCAGGGGGAUGAGCCCAGAAGAUUUCUGGCGCUUUGUGGACAUGGAGACAGAGCUGGCCUGUCCCCCAGCCCUGCCUCCGGCCGGGGCCUAUAAGGAGGAGGAAGAGGAGGAGGGAGAGGGAGAGGACCUUUUUGGCAGCCUGCCCACCAAGGCUGAUGCCCUGAAGGCCCUGGGGACCCUGCGGCGCUGGUUCGAGUGCAAUGGCUCGGCCGAGGGGGUCUUCCAGCAGUUCUACAGCUGCGAGGAGGAGGUGGAGCGGCUGUGCUGCCAGUGAGCACCCAACUCCCCACACUACCCCUGGCGGCCUCCCAACGCUGGAGCAUGGAGGGGCUGGUGGCCCUGUAUCCCACCGACUCAGUGCUUAGAGAGCAGGAUUCCAGCCCAAUCGCCCAGUGCCUGAGUGCUGGGGGGCUGGCGUCAUGCCCCAGUCCCCCACUAGGGGGCACUAGAGGGACUGAAUUCAUGCCCCCAUUCUCUGCCAUGGCCUCUGAGAGCUGGUUCUGGGGGACAGGAAUUGGAGACCUGCCCUUUUCUUUCUUCUGGGUGCAUCUUUAUGGGCAUAUAAAGAUCUGGAAGAGCCCCCAUUACUAGUUACUGUUAUUACCACCACCCUCAGCAGGAUCCUCCGCCAAAAGUUUCCCACUGGCAAUUCUGGGGUGCACCCAUUUCAAGGAUGUCCUGCUAGUCACCCCCCCCCAAAAGGGGUCAGGCCUCUUCAGAAGUCAGAGUGAGGCUCCUGCCGUCCUAAUGGAAUCACAGUUACUGCAACACUCCCGAGUCGGGCUUAGAAACUUUUCCCCACAGAACUGCACUUCUGCACGAAAUAAAUCCAGGGAAGAAAGAAAGGGGGAGUUGAAUUUUGACAAUUUCCCUCCCAAUUGUUUGAGCGCUAGGGCAUUCAACAAAACCAACCCCCCUGAAAGCGAUAGCAACAACAGCCUGAGUGGGGAGAACAGCUCCCCGCAUUAAAUGAAUUUCCUUUCCAGGCACCUUAUUAUCCUUCAGCUUCCCAGGGAUCCAAGGAAAGGGAGGAAGAGAAGUGAUGUUCUAAUGUGAGGUAGUGCACCACCCCAGAGCCAGCAGCCUCUGAUCUUUGGAUGGGAAGAUUUAACUUCCAUGGCUGCAGAGGGGAACAGAAGUAUGGACUGGGGGUAGGGCACUGGCCUGGAAGUCAGGACUCCUGGAUCCUAUUUCUAGCUCUGGGAGGGGAGUGGUAUCUAGUGGUCAGAGCAGAGGAGGCUGGGACUCAGGAUUCCUGGGUUCUAUUCCCAGCUCUGAGUGGGGCGUGGUAUCUACACUGUAAAGUAAGCCCAGGGUUUGAACUCAGGCCUAACCCCCCUUCCGUCUACACACAAAUUGUACUAACCCAGGGUCAGAGGACCCCACAGGAGUAGAGGGUCCAAGCCUGAGUUAAGCUGGGACCCAGGGUUCAAGCCCUUUUGCUUUGCAGUGUAGAGGCAGCCCUACUGGACUCAAGCUCUGGGAGUCUGCCAACAGUCUCCCACAGUCCCAUGGGUCAACUUUCUUUGUCCUCUGGACAGGCAAGGUUUCCCACCCUGCACCAUGACCAAAGGGCUAGCGCAGCCACAUUUUGGGAGGGCACAAGGAAGUGUGGGACACGGUAGUUGGACUUGGUCCUGCAUAAUGCAGCAUAGAUGCUGGAGCCCUAGGUUGGGACCCAGGGUUCAACAAUUCCUAACCCGGGGUGACAAAGGAGUGUAGACGCUUAAGCCCUAGGUUAACAAACCCGGAUCUGCAACCUCCAGUUCCACUCACCCUGGACUUACAUUGCAAUGUAGACAGGCCCUGGGAGUCCUGACUUCUGGGCUCUAUUCCCAACUCUGCCUCUGACCUUGAGCAAGUCCCAAAUCCUCUCGGUGCCUCAGUUUCCUCUCCCAUCCUUUGUCUAUUUAGACUCAGCUCUUUGGGGGCAGGAACCAUCUCUCACUAGGUGUA